ACUUUACCGUUCUCUAUCUAUGUUGUCACUUUGUUGUCUGUUUUCACGUGUGGAUUUUAUACCAUUAUUUGUUUAUUUUACUUGAAAAAACAAAUCAAAUGACUGAAUAAUGGACGCAUAUGAUAUUUUUAAAAAACUUACAAAAGGUUUAACUUUCAAAAGAAAAGUUUUAGGGGUUAAAAAUAAUGUACCGGACAAAAAUCUCUUACCGGUAAAAAUAGAAGAUAUUAAGAAGGAAAAAAUUGAAGUCGAUGAUGAAGAUUUCAUUAGUAAAAGUGAUUCUGAACAUUCUGAGACAGAAUCCCAAAGUCAAGGGUCUGAUGAUGAGUCAAUGCAGUUAGUGAACUGUGUUAAAGUGGAUGAAAAGAAAGGGAAAAAGAAGAAAAUAAAAACUGAAGAUUUACAGAAAAAGCUAGAGCUAGAAGAGCAAAAUAGGUUCCGUAAUGAACACGGCAUCAAGGCAGUGGGACGUCAUGUGCCAGCAGCUCUUCAUGAGUUCUCUGACCUGGCACUUCGCUACAAUGUGUCACAGGAGUUAAUUUCUACAGUAAAAGAAUGUGGGUAUAAUGAACCAACACCAGUACAGAGGCAAGCUUUACCGUGUAUGCUGGAGGACAGACAAAUAUUUGCUUGUGCACCAACUGGAUCUGGAAAAACGGCUGCUUUUCUUGUACCCAUACUUCACAUGUUAGGUGCACCUCAAGGUGGACCUAGAGCCUUAAUUCUCUGCCCUACAAGAGAACUUGCACACCAAAUAUAUAGGGAAGCUCUCAGACUGAGUGCCUCCACACAGCUUCGAUGCAGUGUCAUAAGAAAUUUGAAAGAAAGCAAAGUCAAGGAAAGGGAAGCUACCUUCAGAAAAAGUGAUAUUGUGAUAAGUACACCCAACCGACUCUGCUAUUUGCUGAACCAGGACAGUGUCAGUGUUUCACUAGACAAAGUUCGAUGGUUGAUAAUCGAUGAAGCGGACAAACUGUUUGAAGGAUCCAGCGAACAGAGUUCAGAUUUUAGACAGCAAAUGGAUCAGAUCCUGGAGGCGUGCGGCGGGAAACAGAAACGCAUCGCCAUGUUCAGCGCCACGCACACCCCGAGCGUUGCCAAGUGGUGUCGACAUCAUAUGCGAGGACUUAUCAACGUCACUGUAGGUCAAAGGAACGCGGCGACCCACCUCGUGGAGCAAGAGUUAGUUUACUGUGGCAAUGAGAAUGGGAAAAUGGUCGCCUUCAGACAACUCGUACAGAAGGGACUCAAGCCACCCGUACUGGUGUUCGUGCAGAGUAAGGACCGAGCGAAGCAGUUAUUCAAAGAGCUCAUAUACGACGGCAUCAACGUGGACGUGAUACACGCCGACCGCACUCAGGCGCAGCGCGACAACGUGGUGCGCAGUUUCCGCGUGGGCCGCGUCUGGGUGUUGAUAUGCACGGAGCUGAUGGGGCGCGGCAUCGACUUCCGCGGCGUCAACCUGGUGCUCAACUACGACUUCCCACCGUCCGCCAUCUCGUAUAUACACAGGGUAGGUAGGGCAGGACGGGCGGGGCAGCGGGGCAAAGCUAUCACAUUCUUCACGCAAGAUGACGUCGGCAACCUGCGCAGCAUAGCAUCCGUGAUGAAGCAGUCCGGAUGCGAAGUGCCUGAGUACACGCUGAAGCUGAAGCCGGACCACAACAGGAGGAGAAAACUCGCCAAGAGAGCGCCCAAGAGGGACCAGAUCUCAACAGUACUACAGAAGCGACCCGACAAGAGAAAAUUAGAUGCUGCCGAUGAAGCCAAGACUGAUAGUGCUAAGGAGACAUCAGUCGUACAAAGUGGUAAAAGAAAGAAACACAGAAAAUUACAAAAUGGCGACCAGCAACGAAAAGUUGAUAACAAAAAACAAUAUGGAGAUGCUAAAUCAAAUAUUAAAAUAAUAAAAUCACC